CUCAAACAUUUUCACCCUCACAGCACACACUCUCUCAAAACCAGUUCCACCAAGCUUCUCUUAUGGCGCUGUUCGCCGGUCGUUCCCGCCGGGCCCUAACUCUUUCCUAUUCACUUAUCAAUCACCAAAGGCUAUCAUCCUCUUCCAUAUGGCCACCAAUUCCUGCGCUUUCUACCUCCUCCUCCUUCGCGUUUGGCCCGGAAAAUCGUUCUUUGGAGUUUCGUCAAUUCAAAAUCCCCUUUCAAUCCAGGAACUUUACAUCGUCUUCAGUCUCGUUUCAGGCGGCUAGAUCGUCAUUUCGAGGCGGUGACAACGAAGAAAUCACCGAGGACACUAUACUGUUCGAGGGAUGCGACUACAACCAUUGGUUGAUUACCAUGGAUUUCCCUAAGGACCCUGAGCCAACCCGAGAGGAGAAGAUUGAGACCUAUCUCCAAACUUUGGCUAAAGUUGUCGGAAGUUAUGAAGAAGCAAAGAAAAAGAUGUAUUCUCUUAGUACGACGACUUAUCAAGGAUUCCAGUGCGUCGUGACGGAGGAGAUGUCCGAGAAAUUCAAAGGUUUGCCUGGAGUUGUCUUUGUGUUGCCAGAUUCAUACAUUGAUCCUGUGAACAAAGAGUACGGAGGUGAUAAGUAUGAAAAUGGUGUAAUCACACCUAGACCACCUCCAUUUCAGUAUGGGAGGAACAGAGGAAGAUCUGGUGAUCAAAAUAGGGACUAUAACCGCAGAGAAGGUAGUCCAAUUAGGAAUCAACCAGGUAACUUUGGAAAUCCCAAUCAGGAAAGGAAUUUCAGGCAGCCUGGAGAUUAUUCUAGGCCGCAACCAUCAGGAGGCAUGAGAGAUCAUUCACAAUCGAGUAAUUUUCCUGGUAGAGGAGAUUCAAUUCCUCCAUUUCAGUCGAAUAAUAGUCAAGGUGGGGUUGGAUAUCCUAAUUCCCAAGGAGGAUCACCUUCUGGAGAUCAACGAAAUUAUGCGCCUCCUCAAGGUGGGAAUUUCGGGCCACCUCAAGGUGGCAAUUUCGGGCCUCCUCAAGGUGGCAAUUUCGGGCCUCCUCAAGGUGGGAAUUUCGGGCCUCCUCAAGGUGGGAAUUUCGGGCCUCCACGAGGUGCAAAUUAUGGGCCACAAGCUGGUGGAGCUUAUGGGCAAGCAGCAGAUACAAAUUAUGGACCGCCAAGAGGAUCAACUUAUGGCCAGCAACAAGCAGGUGGCAAUUAUGGACCACCAGCAGGUGGAAAUUACGGCCAUGGAGAAGCUGGAAAUUAUGGGCAAGGAGCAGGGAGAAAUUUUGGUCAACCAGCUGGUGGAAACUUUGGUCAACAGGGAAGUGGAUACUAUGGACAAGCCAAUGCUCAGAACUAUGUCCAGCCAGGUAUGGGGAAUAACAGCGAAAGGCCAGGUGGAAAUUAUGGGCAGGGAUUCAGUACAAGUCAAGUGCAACAAGCGGGUUCUUCUCCCCCUACUGGGUUUGUUCAGGAUGUCCAAACACAAGGAGACGAACAUAAGCUUAGACAUAUGGAGCAAAUAGGCAACAUUCAAGGGGACCAUCAAAGGAACUACACAUCAACUCCUCAGAAUGUGGUGGAUCAAGGAAAAUACUGAAAAUUCAAUUCUGGUUACAAACGAUGUGAGAAAUCUGGAAAAUCCGCACAUGGCAAUCUUGCAACUUUUGCUUUCUUAUUAUAUAUAACAUUGAAAUUCACCAGCUCUUGUAGAAUGUUUUAGCCACAUUAUCAACAGUUUGUUUAGCCUUGAUUAUGUUGAGUUGUUGAGACAAAGAUGGACCACUUUAUGGCUAUAAUAUUGUUUAAUGUUUGAUGAAUA